UGUGAUUUUUUCUUUUUGAAGUCAGAAAAUGCUGUGACAAUCCCGAAAACAGUGGAAAUGAGUCGAGUGCGUUUGUGGGGGAUCCUUUUGGCAUUUUUAGCCAUCAACGAAAACUUCUGCGAUGCUGUAAACUAUAUGCAAUGGAACUGCGACAAAACACCGGACACGAUUACUAAUUCUAUGAAAACCCCUGGAGACAACGGAUUCAAGAUUUACGUCACCGGGAAUCCGAGUGCUUAUAGUCCUGGGAAGGCUUAUACAGUGAAUAUCGAAGGACAGAGGUACCAGUACGGGAGUCAGAAAUUCCUUGGGUUCAUGCUGGUGGCGCAGCCCGAGGGGUAUCACGCAGGUGGGAUCGUAGAUGUCGGACGAUUCGAGUUAACCGGCGAUGCCAUGACGACUUAUUCACGCAAAUGUCAAAAUGCUGUCACUCAUACCAACAUUGUUCCCAAGACGGAAGUUUCUGUCCGCUGGAAAGCCCCUUCGUCUGCCUCCGGUUGCGUCAUGUUCAAGUUGAGCUUCUUUUCGCGUUUCCUCGUCAAGAAUCGUCUUACAAAUCCUCAGGGGGCUAUGGUUAUCGAACGUCAAAACGUUUGGUACAUGGAUGAUGGAAGUCUGCAGUUGGAACUGUGUCCCGACGUUGCUGGAGCUGUCGAAUUGCCACCAGCUGUGCUCGACGAGUGCCAGGCUUGUGGGGAAGCCAAAUACGAGGUUUGGGAAGCUGGGGGUUAUGCUUCAGAAGGCCUCAAACAGGUUGCCCUGUAUGGAAUCACUCGGGGGCUCGAGGGCGAGCUCAAGAAACACAGUCGGCACAUCAGAACGAUCAUCAAAGCCAGAGGACUGUGGCAUCCGAAAGUGACCGGAAAAACGUACGCAGUUUUCAGAGUGGACCGGAAGCAUCACUUGAUGACGCUCGUUUCGAUGCUCGGUCCUUCGCCCGAUUGGUUAGUUGGUGUUUCCUCGUUGGAACUGUGUCAGAAAAAUGGUACUUGGGCCAGAGAGAAGGUCAUUGACUUGUAUCCCUACGAUGCUGGAGUCGAUGCUGGAAUUUCGUACGAGGAUAAUGACAGUCCCAAUCCAGAAGCUCAAAAGAUCAGAAAGAUCACUUCCAGUUGGCCCGACAACCCCAGGUCCCCAUUUUUCGAUCACUCUGGGACCCCGAUGAAACCUCUGGCAAUCCUCACCGUGCGCCGACAAAAGGAGUACGAAAAGUCGGAUUGUGGCAGUCGAUCCGGGGGUUCGGGAGGCCGUUACAGUAAAGACAGACCACCGAAAAAUAGAUCCAAGGGAAAAAACAAGGGGAAACAGGGUGGUUUCAUAUCCGCCAGCGACCCAAUAAUGGUGCUCGGAAAUGCCGACAGUUCAGGCACUCACAUGUAUGAUAAUGAGCGCAGUGGAGCCUUCCAUCCGGCGGAUCCUGUUAUUGAUGAUGGCAUGCAUUUCGUGGAGACUCCGGACAAUUCAGGCGAUGCUUUGAGACCCGAGUGUGCAACAACGUUAUGGAGCACUUAUUCGCAAUGUUCCGUGACUUGCGGCGAUGGACUCAGAAGACGUUCGAGAAUGUACCAGAACCCAACUAAAGCACAAAGAUCCGAGUGCAAUCGACAACUGGAAGAGACCGAGAUGUGUAGAGGCGUUUAUCCUGCUUGCAAUUCAAUCGGCCAGCCGAUCUACCCAGCUUCCUUCGACGAUCCGAUGGCGGAACGCCUGGGCAGCCCAAACGGCAGGGAUUACGACGAUGACGACGAUGACGAGAAUCGGCCUGAUGACGGGUUUGACGGUGCUGACAAGGACUACAACAAGAGGUGUGCCACGACUGCCUGGUCCAAUUGGUCACCCUGCUCGGUGACCUGUGGGCACGGGGGAGUGCGAACCCGCACCCGCAGCUACCAUUACCCCAGGGGAAUCAAGGUCUGCAAAGAAGUGGUCAAAGAGGAAAUGGAAUGCGAUGGACCCGUGCCGGAAUGUCCUGAUGAUGGAUCUGCUGAUCACCUGUCCAGACCGGAAUGCGCAGUUACACCGUGGAGCUACUGGUCACCAUGCAGUGUCAGCUGUGGCAAGGGUGUCAGUGUUCGAACAAGAAUGUACGUCGAUGAAAUACUUGGCACACGAUCUUGCAAUGUGCAGCUUCUCGAAACUGCUGACUGCAACGGAACAUCGCCUCAGUGUUUCUUCACUGAGCAAACCGCUCUUGACGAUUCUCGCCGCAUACCUGCGGAAUCGGAGUACUGCGAACGAGCCAAAAGUGCGCGGAAUGUUCACGAGUUUCUGCAAUUUGAGUACUGGUGCAAACUUUCAAGAAGACGUCAGAGAAGGUCUAAAGCGAAGCGGGGCACUUCUGCAAAACCAAAUGAUAGUCUAGUUUUACCAACUGCUUCGCAUCCCCCACGAUUUUUGCAGCAACAUCGAUCGACCUUUGAUUUGACCUCACUUUACUUGGAACUUGAAGAUGAAACUUAUCGCGAUGAAACGUGUCUGCUCGCACAAGCCAAGGGGCCUUGCAGAGGCACGUAUUCACGUUGGUUUUACGACGCCGAGACGAAAUCAUGCAUGGAAUUCAAUUAUGGAGGCUGCAAGGGCAAUGGGAACAACUUCCUCACUUACAACGAAUGCACGAAGAAGUGUCAAAUGACGUUAGCCGGGGCUGGUUCGCACAACGUAGGAAUUCAGUCUCAUCAGAAUCAGCACCAUCAGCAACCCAAUGCCGGCUUCUCUUCGAAAAAGCGCAUGCUGAUGCAACAAGCCAUGAUGAAGGAAAAGCACAUGGCGAUGCAAAAGCAAAACCGGAGGAACAACAACAACAACCACAACGACUUUGACCUCAAUGCUGGGGAAAACAACUUCUCUAAUCCGGAUUUGUCGUGGAUGGAUGACGUUGGCAACGAUGGCAACUACGUCACCGGCAUGAAAAUGAAUCCGGGCUCUGAGGAUGACCGAGCUGCUCCUCCGAAGUCACCCGGUCGGGAUUUGUAUAAAAUGCUCGGAGAAAUGUCGUACAAACAAGGCGGCGGACAUUUGUUCAAGAGCUCUAUGAUGUCUGGAGGACAGCAACAGAACUGCGAAUUGCCGCUGUGCCGUGAGUACUUGCGCAACUACUUCAACUAA